AUGGUGGAAAAUUUUAUAUCCACGACUCUCAAGUUAGAUAAAGUCUGUAGAGUUUGCUUGAUGGAGAUGCAAUGUGAUAAUCUGUAUUCAAUCUACAGCAGAUUCGAGGAAAGCAAUGAAGAAAAAAUACCUGCAGUACAUGAAGUAUUGAUGAGUAUAUCGAAUAUAAAGGUUUAUCCUGAUGAAUCAUUACCAACUAUGGUAUGCACUGAAUGCAUUGAGAAAGCUCACAGUGCCUAUAAAUUUCAACAACAGUGCAAUAAAUCCCAAUCUUUAUUGGAUUCCUACAAGGGGCAAAUCAAUGAAUUGAAAGAAGCAGCUGUGAGUAUUUCUCAGGCUAUGAAAGAUAACAUAUCUCUUGAUAUUGAUGAAGAACUCACAAAGAUGUCUAAUGAGGAUGAUGUGACUGGAUUGAAUUCAGUUACUAAUAAUAUAGAUGAUGAACAUGAUUGUGAUGAUUUGAAGAGCUGCUUACCUUUGGGGGAAGACACCAUUGAUGAAUUAAUCAAAGAUAAUUUACAAGUUGAAAAUUUGGAAAUGAUUUCCCCCAAAAUAGCAGCUUUUACUUUGGAAUUAUCUGAUGAAAAAAUUAAUGAAUGUCCUCCACUAGUUCCUGAAAAUAUUAGCAAGGAGAUUCUCAAUAAUAUGUGUUAUUAUAAGAAAGACAGAGGAGCUAGUAGAUUUGAGUAUGAAUGCAAUAUUUGUCAAAAAUCCUUCAGAUCCAUCAGUGGUCUAAGGACUCAUUUAAAAAGCCAUGAUGAAGAAAAGCCCUAUGUGUGUACUGAAUGUAAGAAAGCAUUCAAAGUUUAUGGAUCUCUGAUGCACCACAUACGUACUCAUUCAGGGGAGCAACCUUAUGAAUGUAAAGAGUGUGGCAAGAAAUACAAACAGGCUGGGACACUCAGGGCACAUAUGAGAAUACACACAGGCUCCAAACCAUUUUUGUGUACAAUAUGUGGAAGAGGGUUCAGGCAAGCACCUGAUUUGACAUACCAUAUGAGGACUCACACUAAAGAAAAACCAUACAUGUGUAAUGUUUGUGGAAGAAGGAUGUCUAUGCAAUGCCAUCUGGUACAACAUAUGAGAUCACAUACUGGUGAGAAGCCUUUCAAAUGUAGCGAGUGCGACAAAGCCUUCCCCUCGUCUACCAGGCUGAAAAGGCACUCGAUCGUCCACACCGGCGCGAAGCCUUUCGAGUGCCACCUGUGCCACAAACGUUUCAAUCGCAGCAGCGGGCUCAGGGUCCACGAAAAGACCCACUCGGCCGCCCGAUCGCACGCCUGCGCUCGAUGCAAUAAAUCGUUUCUCUGGGCCCAUUCGCUCAGGGCCCAUCUCGCUACGCAUUCAGAAGAACAGAGCGAUGAGAAGGAAGUGGUUGUGGGGGGUGCAAAGGAUAUCAGGACGAUCUGUUCAGAAAUUUCGAUAGAGUAG